AUGGAGCGCCGCGUGAAGCUACUGUACCGGCAGCGGGGGAGCGCGCUGCGGCGCGUGGAACAGGAAGUGGUGAUCCAGGACGGUGCGCCGGCCGCGGCCACGGCAGCGGAAGAGUCCGUGGAACCACCGGAGGAGCCUGCAGAUCUGCCGCAGCUGGAGGCCGGGGACUGGGCGGUUGGGUCGCCGGGCGACGCGGCUGCCUGGGAACCGCCGGAGGCGGUCGACGAGGCGCCCAGUGCCGCCGGGAGUCCUGCAGCUGGGGGCGAGGCGCCCGGCGAGGCGGCCGACGAGGCCAGCCGGUUUGCGGGGCUCUCGGCCACGCAGCUGGCGACGUCGAUCACGUCCGUGGCGACCGUAGAAGUGCUGUCGGAGGUUGUGACGGCACUGUUUUCACAACAGCUGGCGCCGCAAUGUGCCGAGCGCUUCCGACGCGCGCGCACGCGUGCGGAGCGGCUUUCGUACAAGCUGGAGUUGCGCAUUUUCGAACGGCUCGAGGCACAGGUGCGCGCAGACCUGCGCGACAUCGUGGAUAUCCACCGCUCCAACAACGAGCUGUGCUACCAGAUGAAGCAGAUCCUGCGGUUGCGACACGAGCUCACGGAGGAGCUUGUGGCCGUGCGCGCGCAGCGCGCGGAGCUCGAUCUAGCUGCUGCGCGCGACUCCGCGCAGGCCCAGGACCUGGCCGCGCUGCUGAGGCUCAACGCGCGCCUGCAUGGCCUGCGCACCGCGGCCGCGCGGUCGCUGUAG